CUCUCUCUCUCUCUCUCUCUCUCUUUGCUUUUUUUCCCCCGAGACUAUUUGCUGUGGCCUCUGCUGGUCUGGUUUCCGGCCGCACCCCCCUCCCUGCUGCGUUUCUUGGUCCUGCUUCUUCCAUUGAUUCUCAGGCGCCUUUGGUGGUGAUGUCGGCAUGGUCUUCAGCCCAGCUCCGUCUCUUUGUCAUGCUCGCAUUCACACCCUCUUUCUUUUCCUGCUCAAUCUCGCGUCUCGCCACUGCCGACAAGCUAACAUUUCCCUCUUUUGUAUCGGCCUUUAAUCAAUUGGUUCGUCACGUACCGGGAACUAGCCCUACGUUGUUCGGGCCCUAGCUUGAGUUGAGCCCCAGGCUCUAUCGUGCUGCUUGCUUGCUCCUCCAUGCAUGCAAACCUGUCCUUUCUGGUGGCCUUUCCAAACGACACUCCCCCACCGUUCCCUGCCUCCCCCAGUCCAGCUGGCGUCGAGCAGGCCAAUCAGUCCCGGCUGCAGCUUCUGGCUGCUUUUCCAGGUCGACUCCCCCCUGGACGCAACGGCCAGAUGCACCAUCAAAGUGGCUUCCCGGACUGGCGUCCGCCCUGUCCCCAGCGCUGGGCUCUCUCCACCCCUGCCUGGUCCAUCUGACGUUUCCUCUCUCGUGGGACUGGCCAGAUGGAACUGAGACUCUCCCAAGGCCUUUUUUUACAAGCACUGCAACCCGAUCUAGUGGCAGGGUCCUGGUCUGGCCUUGACGUAGUGGCCCGUUGCCGCCGGCCCCAUGCUCUGCUUCAUCGGCUCCUCUCAUCUCCCCCCCAAUUGGCCCCAUGAACCCCCCGGGCCACGCCAAUCAGUUGGCAUUUUUCGCCUUCAUAAACACGUUCCCGGAACUGCAAGUCCAUUGUAUUCACUCCCCGAGACACAAGCACAUUCAAGCACAGUUUCUUCUCUCUUCUGCCGUCUUCAUCCCUCCUCUUCACGGUACUUGCAAGUCCAGCUACAACCCGAGCGUCUCUUAUCAUCCUCGACCCUUCAGCUUCUGCGGGCUGUACUCGACUCUGCCAACGCUAGGCAACGAUAGGACAACACACAUCUUGCUCCCUGCUUCUCUCCAUCUUUGACGCCGUCGUUCUGACUUGAUACGCAUCUCGCACGAGGGUCUGGCCUGUCUGUCUAGGCCCCCUUUACUGCCCUCUGCAACAGCUCUCGCAACAACUGCUACGCCAAGGGGGGGAUAAAAAAAGAAAAGAAAAAAGAAAAAAAAAAAAAAAGAAAAA